AUCAUCAUCGAAUGGAGAACAUCGGCGGCGGAAGUGCGAGUAGUAUUCCGUCGUCGCCGAGCAUCAUCGCCGACGACUGCAACAGAAGAGAACCUCUUCUCUCGCCGUCGCCGCCGGUCGACAUCGCCGGACUCUCGCCGGAGAAGAGCUUUUCGUGGAGGCUCGACCUCAACGACUUCCAUUUGCCGGAGAGAUCGAGCCCUCGCCAUAACGACGACCAUCAUCGCUGUAGUUCAUUUGGUUUCCGUCGCCUACUUCGCAGCCCGAGGAAACAAUACAAAGUUGCAGAAUAUUACAAAAAACAAGAAAGGCUUCUUGAAGGUUUCAAUGAGAUGGAUACCAUGACUGAAUUGGGUUGCGCUCCAGGAAGUCUUACAGAGGAUGAAAUGAAGAAGCUCGCGAAGAGUGAAAGAAUGGCAGUUCAUGCAUCAAACAUAGCUAAUUUGGUGCUGUUUGCAGCAAAGGUUUAUGCUUCAAUUGAGAGCAAAUCACUGGCAGUCAUUGCCUCUACUCUGGAUUCUCUAUUGGAUCUCUUGUCAGGAUUUAUUUUGUGGUUCACUGCAAACGCAAUGAAGAAAUCAAAUCAAUAUCAUUAUCCCAUUGGAAAGAAUCGUAUGCAGCCAGUGGGUAUCAUUGUUUUUGCAUCUGUAAUGGCAACUCUUGGACUGCAAAUUUUGCUCGAGUCUAUCCGGCACCUCGUUACAAAGUCCAAGCCAGAAAUGACUCGUGAGGAGGAGGAAUGGAUGAUAGGGAUCAUGGUUGCUGUCACAAUAGUGAAGUUUGUGCUCAUGGUCUACUGUCGUAGAUUUAAAAAUGAAAUCGUCCGAGCCUAUGCGCAAGACCAUUUUUUCGACGUCGUUACCAAUUCCGUUGGCUUGGCAGCAGCCGUCUUAGCCGUCCGGUUUGCCUGGUGGAUUGAUCCUACAGGAGCUCUCAUAAUAGCAGUUUAUACAAUGAACACGUGGACAAAAACCGUGAUGGAGAACGUUUUUUCCCUGAUUGGAAGAACUGCCCCACCUGACUUUCUAGCGAAAUUGACAUAUUUGAUAUGGAACCACCAUGAAGCGAUUAAGCACAUUGACACCGUGAGAGCUUAUACAUUUGGCUCUCACUACUUUGUAGAGGUUGACAUAGUCCUGCCAGAAGAUAUGGUUCUGUUCCAGGCACACAACAUCGGCGAGACCCUCCAAGAGAAACUCGAGCAACUCCCCGACGUGGAGCGGGCUUUCGUGCACAUCGAUUUUGAGUUUACUCACCGGCCGGAGCACAAGCGAAAGGCCUGAUGGUGACAAUGAUACUCAAUGAUGGUGGUGGUAGUAACAACUCCAAGAGACCUGCCUUUUUUUGCUAGGCCUGAAAAAUAAGCUGCUGAUUUUGUUGUCGUCGUUGUUGUUGUUGUAUUCAUUGUGUGUGUCGUUUGAACAAUCUUUUGCUUAUUUCUUGACCACCUACUAGAAUCAAACCACUCUGCUUUUUGUUAGCCCUUUGAC